AUGAGACAUUGUUUCAUAGUACAACGUGACUUGAGUUUAUAUGCAAUCUACUUUAAUUUAUUUCACCUGAAACGAAAGAUCCCAUCUUCAGCAAAAUAUACUACACAAUCAUUUCACAAAUAUGAGCUUAAAAGUUCACGACUUCAUGCUUUCACCCAAAUGCAAUUUAUUGCACAUCAAAAAUGGAUAAAAACGUGGGCUCAUCAUAAAAAGACAGUGGAAAUGUUUUCACUAGACCAACCUGUAAUUUGUAGCGAUCAUCAUUCAAAUAUUUCUCAUACGGCAUCAAACUUUCAUUCUCAAUGA